GGGGAGGCCGCGGCGGGGAAAAUGGCGGACGGGAAGGCGGGAGAGGAGAAGGCUGAGAAGCCGCAGCGAACUGCAGCCGCCGGAGGACCUGAAGAAGAAGCAGAAAAACCUGUGAAAACUAAGACUGUUUCUUCCAGUAAUGGAGGGGAAAGUUCCAGUCGCAGCACUGAGAAGAGAUCAGCUGAAGAAGAAGCUGCAGACCUCCCAACAAAACCUACAAAGAUCUCCAAGUUUGGAUUUGCCAUAGGUAGUCAGACGACAAAGAAAGCCUCAGCCAUAUCCAUCAAACUUGGAUCAAGUAAGCCUAAAGAAACGAUUCCAACUCUUGCUCCAAAAACCCUUUCAGUAGCAGCAGCUUUUAAUGAAGAUGAAGAUAGUGAACCAGAGGAAAUGCCUCCAGAAGCAAAGAUGAGGAUGAAGAAUAUUGGAAGGGAUACACCAACAUCAGCUGGACCAAACUCCUUCAAUAAAGGAAAGCAUGGCUUUUCUGAUAACCAGAAGCUUUGGGAGAGAAAUAUAAAGUCUCAUCUUGGAAAUGUCCACGACCAAGAUAAUUAAAUGAUGUGUUUUGAAAUUGGGGUGUGGGGUGGGUGUAAAGUUAAAAGGAACAGUUUCCUUUUUAAAGAAUGGUUAUAAGACUUAUCUUUGGAGCCGUCUUUUUUUUUUUUUUUUUUUUUUUUAAAGAUUGAGUGGUACACUAAUAAAUGAGAGUUUGAAAUUAGAGGUAAUUUAUGUUUUAUAUGCAGAUUUCAAGACAUUUACUAAUUUUGUAGUUUCUUGUGAUUAGUUUCCAAAGGUUACAGAUAAUCAGAUAUGGUACCUUUUUAAGAAUUGCAUAUUUUUUUAGGCACAACUAUUAGCACAUUGAGAAGGAAGCAACAAGUUAUUGUCUAUUUAAACUGCAAACAAUUACUCUCUUUAACUCCCUUUUUAGCUAAACUGGCUCCCUGGAACAGCCUUAUAGAGAGAGAGAGAGUAUUGUAUGGGAGGAAAAUGUUACUGGACUAUUGAUUGAAAGUAAAUUAGAUAAAAUUAAACACAAUUGUUUUUCCUAAAGGGCAUUUGUUUUGUUUCAAGUCAUCAUAAACUAAGGUAUUGCAUUGCUAUCCAUGGAUAAAGAUGCUUAAUUCUUUAAAAAAAAUUUUUUUUUUAAAUUUUGUGUUAACUGUUAAAUAUUUGAAAGAGCCCACUUUACUUUAAUGGGUCUUCUCUACCUUCUUUAGUCUUCAAGGAACAACCAUUUGCUACCAAAGUAAAUUAGUAUUUUGAAUAUGCUUCUUUUGGUUUUUGUUAUUAGCUAGUUCCUGUAAGCAUUUCACCAGAAUUCGAGGCAAAUCAUAUGGAAGCUGUUUCUUUUAAAAUACAAGCCACCACCAAAAAUUUAAAUUGUACAUAAUACUUAAUAUUUGGCUGUUUUUAUUUUUUGAAAGGUAUAAACACCAAAAAGAAAAGAAAGUAAACAUUGUAUGAAGAUGGAAAACUAGAAGAUGCACUUUCUGUAACUUUGUCAAAUCAUUUAGAUUAAUUUAUGACAUACAGUUUGAGUUAAACUUACUACAGGAUUUCUUAUUUAGUCCAAUAAUAUGUUUGUUUUUGGUAAAUACGUAUAUACGUAUUGAUCAAUGACCUCUCAAAAGCACAUUUUAGGUAAAAUGGAAGGAAAGAAAAUGCAUCUUCAAACAUCUUAUGGAACCUUUGACCACAUAAUACUUUGUUAGAUCUAUGUUGUAAGGUGUUUUUUUUUUUUUGUAUUGUGUAUGAAUUCUUUUUUUAAUGUGUCAGCUAUACACAUUUUUAAAAGCAUAGUCACAGGUAAAAGAAACAAAACAAUUUCCUUGAAAACUACAAUAUUAAAUUUGCACGCAACUUCAGACAAUUUUAUGGUGGUAAUUACUGAGCUCUUUUAAUAGGUGUAACUCAAGAGGAGCAGCCUGUAAUAUUCCUAACACUUUACUUGCAUUUAAGUUUAGCAUAAGCCCCAAGUAAAACAAUGGAAAUGUAUAUAGAACUAUUAGUUCUUUCUUACAUGAUUUAAAUAUCAGGAUACAUAAUUUAACUUGCUUUGAUGUAGGCAAACUUUCCAUUUUGGUCCAUUUUAAUGUUUGUGUUAAUAUAACAUCCCUCUCCUAUAUAUUCUUUUCUUGACUCAAAUGAGAUACUAACCUAAGGUCGAGAUGGGAGAGAAAAACGACUGAGAUGAAUGUCUUUACUAAAAUACCAAUAAAUUUGUCAAACUCAA